CAGAGAAGGCCCAGAGGGAGGUGGAGAGGCUAAAGGAGCAGAUAUCCUCGGCGGGGAGGGCUCGUCCAGCAGAGGGCAGCAGCAGCAGCAGGGGUGAUCAGGGUGACUCUCCCUCCCAGCUGGAGGCCUCUCUGCUGGUCAAAGACCGAGAGAUGCUGCGCCUGCUGGAGAACAUCCAGCGGCUGCAGUUCACUCUGCAGGAGGUGCAGGAGAGCUCGGCCAAUCAGAUGCUAGCGCUGGAGCGCCAGCUGGCCUAUAAGACGGAGGCUAUCGAGAGAUUAGAAGCUAAACUGCAAUCCCAGAUGGAUUAUGAAGAGAUUAAAACUGAACUCAGUAUCCUCAAGGUGAUGACGCUGGCUUCAGCGAACGGCAGCUCGUCCCAGGAGUCUACGAAGGCUGCAGAGGCCAUUCUUCUGGAUAAAGAAGCCUUUCUUCCGUCCCACAAGUACCUGGUGGAAAAGGCCCGCAUUUUGCACAACGUUGUGUGCAUCCAUGGGUAA